AUGCAGAACUCGCAGAACUCACAGAACUCACAGGACGUGCACACACCAACACAUCACUACAACACACGGAGCUCUCCCCAACCCACGCGUGCCGGUGUCUACACGCUACGAGCCGAUCUCUUUGUCAAGGAGUCGGUGUAUGCGCGGGACAACAGUGGCAAACGACUGCAUCCACAAGUCUUUGAGGGCGCCCAGUGGAGCAACAUUCGAGCUAGCAUCUUCGACUUCUGCUCAUCGCACAUGAGCCCCAAGGCCACGCACGUCAACGACCCUCGAACGUGGUCGGUCAGUGAUUCUCCUCCCACGUUGGACGACUUCGAGUCGUACAUUUCGAUCAAGUUGGCAAGAUACCACUUCAAGCCCACCAGCAACGAGCAAGCACACGCCUAUCUGGCUUCCCAUGUCAACAGCACCUUCACCAUUCUGGUUUUCAAGUGGGGCAAUCAAGUCAACACAGCGGCGGACCUCCAAGAGCUGAACGAGCAAUGCGUUGCACCCCCUUCCCGAGACCGUGCAGGUGCGGCUGCAGAGACUCUGCACCAAGAAACCGUCGCGCUCCUCAAGGACAAAUGGGCGACGAUAUACAGCGCCUACGAAGCAACGUGGCGUAUGUGGGCGGCGUCUAUCCUGAAGAAGCCAUUUCACCAGCAUGCCAUAUCGAUUGACCUGCCUCCGCCGUCAAACAUGCUGCACCUGUUUUCGUCUGUUCCAAACGGACCUCAAAGACAAAUGGCGAACUUGGAGCAGAAUGCCACAAUGUCACUCGACGUUGUCGACUCCUGCGUUGAAGAACUUCAAGCGGUGCUGCGAUACACUGAAGACGCGAGCGAGCGUGUCAAGCGUUCAAUUGAAUUCAUGAAUGGGAAGCGUCGUGUCAUCCAAGGUUUCAUGCACCAGAUGCAACAAGCUGCCCAGCAUGCAGAAGUAGUGGCGGCAAUUGCUGCCAUUCCGAAUGCUCAGGAUGUCGAUCACAGUGACACGUAG